UUACGCCAUUACGUCCAUGACAGGGGUUGGUAGAUGGCGGUGCUGAAUGAUCUCUCGAACGAAUACAUCCAUCAUGGACAAGAUCACCUGGUGGCUUCUUAUCGACUUCCUAGUCAUAAUUUCGAUCAACUAUGGCGUGGCAUCGGAAUAUCAAGAAACAUCUAUGGAUCUCGUAUUUAUUGUGGAUACAUCUGGCAGUAUGGAAACUGAACACAUUCAAGAGCAACAACAUUUUCUGAAGGCAUUUGUCUCGGAAAUGCCUAUUGAUGAGGGCAACGACCAAAUUGGUAUGGUGGUGUUUGGAGCUCAAGCAAGGGUAGUGUUCUCUCUUGGUCAGCUCAACAGAAGGAAGGAAAUACUUGAUGCAAUUUCUGCCAUAAACUACAAUGACACUGGUGCCGAUGUUGCAGCAGCACUGCGCUUGACCAGGAAACGUGUCUUCACACCUGAAGAAGGAGACAGAGACAAUGUCACCAAUGUGGCUAUCCUUGUCGCUGGUGGAAGUCCGAAUCAGGGCACUAAAUAUGAAGCAAAUCAACUGAAGGAGAGUGGGGUCCGUAUCAUAGCUCUGGAAAUUACAGGCUAUGCUGAAGAGUUUGAUACAAUUGCGUCCACGCCUGCAUCAGUCAACGUCAUUUCCAUUGGCAGCAUCAGCCAGUUCGACCACGUUAACCCCAUUCUGUACAGUUUAUUAUAUAACGAGUGUCAACAUACUUACAUGGAUCUCGUAUUUAUUGUGGAUGCAUCUGGCAGUGUUGGAACUGAACACUUUCAAGAGCAACUACAAUUUCUGAAGACUUUUAUCUCGAAAAUGCCAAUUGAUGAGGGCAACGUCCGAAUUGGCAUCGUGGUUUUUGGAACCAAAGCAAGAGUAGAGUUCACUCUAAGUCGGUUCAACACCACGACGGAAAUACGUGACGCAAUUACCGCCAUAACCUAUGAUCACUCUAAUACCAACGUUGCAGCAGCACUGCGCUUGACCAGGAAACGUGUUUUUACACAGGAAGGAGACAGAGACAAUGUCACCAAUGUGGCUAUCCUUAUCGCUGAUGGAAGUCCGAAUGUGAAUACUUAUUAUACAGCUCAGGAAGCACAGCAACUGAGGAACAGUGGGGUCCGCCUCAUCACCCUGACAAUAACAUCCAAUCCUGAAGUGUUUCAUACAUUUGCGUCAAUGCUUACAUCAGACAACAUUAUUUCCAUUGACAACUUCAGCCAGCUAGACAGCGUUCUCUCAAUUCUGUACAGUUUAUUAUGCAACGAGUGUCAGCAAACUUAUAUGGAUCUCGCAUUUAUUGUGGAUGCAUCUGGCAGUAUUGGAGCUGAACAUUUUCAAGAGCAACUACGUUUUCUGCAGACAUUUAUCUCGAAAUUGCCAAUUGAUGAGGGCAACGUCCGAAUUGGCAUCGUGGUUUUUGGAACGGAAGCAAGGGUAGAGGUAACUCUAAGUCAGUUCAACAGCAGGAAGGAAAUACUUGACGCAAUUUCUGCCAUAAACUAUGAUGACACCGGUGCCGAUGUUACAGCAGCACUGCGCUUGACCAAGAGACGUGUCUUCACACAAGAAGGAGGAGACAGAGACAACAUCACCAAUGUGGCUAUCCUAGUCGCUGGUGGAAGUCCAAAUGAGGAGACUGCCAAUAUAACUCGUGAAGCAAAGAAACUUAAAAACAGUGAGGUCCGCCUCAUCGCCCUGGCAAUUACAUCCAAUCCUGAAGUGUUUGAUACAAUGGCGUCAAGGCCAAUAUCAGACAACAUUAUUUCCAUUGACAGCUUCAGUCAGCUGGACAGUGUUCGCUCAAUUCUGUACAGUUUAUUAUGCAACGAGUCCAAAACAAAGUCCAAGAAAUCUACGAAGAAGCCAGCCACACCACCAACAUCCCGACCCCAAUCCAAAUCGAUAAGAACAACCAUUUCUGAAAGGCCAAACUCCGAAACUGAGACCACCGCCUCAACAACUCCUAGAAACACAAUGAAAUCUACGAAGAAGCCAGCCACACCACCAACAUCCCCACCCCAAUCCAAAUCGAUAAGAACAACCAUUUCUGAAAGGCCAAACUCCGAAACUGAGACCACCGCCUCAACAACUCCUAGAAACACAAUGAAAUCUACGAAGAAGCCAGCCACACCACCAACAUCCCCACCCCAAUCCAAAUCGAUAAGAACAACCAUUUCUGAAAGGUCAAACUCCGAAACUGAGACCACCGCCUCAACAACUCCUAGAAACACAAUGAAAUCUACGAAGAAGCCAGCAACACCACUAACUUCCUCAUCCCGAGUCAAAUCGAUAAGAACAACCAUUUCUACACGACCAACAUCAGGAACUGAGACUACUGCCUCAAAGACUCCUACAAACACAUUGGCUACCACAUCAACACCAAUCGCCCCUAUUUCAACGACUACAGUCAAAAUUUCUUCAACCGCGACCCAUAUGACAUCAACCCAAAAUAAAACAACACCGGGCUUUAUCACAACUACAUCGACUACACUUGUGGACACGCAUCCCGCCACGACCGUCAACACCAGAGGAAGCAGCAGUACAUUUGCAGGACUCCUCAAUGUCAGUGGUAUAAUCACUUCGACCAUAAAUGCUGCAUUACAAAGAUGUUACGAGCGAUGUGAGAAUCCAGUCUGGGCUACAUCGACCACUUUUAGUGCCAUAAAGAGCCUGCGUAUCGAGAAGAAGGGCCUCUCCAAACAUCGACGUGAGAAGACAACUGCAUCCGAUGACAGACAGUCGGCGGCUGUUGUUGCAUCUGUGGUUCUUGCCAUUGCCUGGACGCCCAUCCUCUGUCUGGUCAUAUGGGAUCUGAUCGAUCUGUGUUGCAACAGACGUGCUACAACUCAUCAUAUUAUAUAUUCAUUAUAUUAACACAGU